AUGCAGCCCGCGGACACGUCCACCCUGCUACGCUCCGAGGCCGAACUCGAGCUCAAUCUCACCCGCAAAGCGAAAUCUGACCGCACAAAGCACCUUGGCUGGCCAAUCGACACCCCCGGCAAGGCGCUCGACCUCCAGCUCCAUGGCAGCGUGGCAUGGAUUGCUGAAAACACCACCGUCGUCCGCAAGCUCGACCUCGAGACGGGGAAGACCCUCCAGUUAUUCAGAGGCCAUACUGCGCCUGUCACCGCUCUUACGUUCGUCGACCGCAGCCCGGGUUCGGGCGACCACCGCUUCCUCCUCUCCGGCUCCUGGGACAAAACAAUCAAGGUAUGGGACACGGAGACGAAACAGCUCGUGUCGUCCACCGAGGCCCACUCCGACUUUGUCAAGGUCCUCCUGGUCGUGCCAGCACUCAGCCUGCUCGUUUCAGGUGGCUCCGACAAGAUCGUGCGGUUCUGGGACGUCUCCGACGUCGGGAACGGAAAGCCGUUGCAGUCGGUCGGCUCGUUGACCGACCACACUAGGCCGGUUGAAGCUCUUGAGGCUCGAAUGCUCUCGGAGAACGCGGUGGUGCUCUACACCGGGGACACGAUGGGCAUCAUCAAGGUCUGGGAGGUCACGCUCGACAAGGGCACCCCGCCGCGGUGGCAGAGCAAGCUCAUCGACGAGCUCAAGCACCACCGGACACGAGUGGAUGCCAUGCAGUACGGCAACGGUCACCUGUGGACAGCGUCGACCGACGAAACCGUGCAUGUCGUGCCGCAUCCGGCGCCCGAGAAUAGCGCACAGACCAGGCCGCUUCCGCCAAUAGAGCACCUGACAGCAGUCAGGGCUAUGCUUCCGCUAGCAUGUUCCCCGCUUGCGGAGCCGUAUCUAUUGACCGGGGCCGGCGACAUCAUAUACGCUUAUGAUGUGUCUUCUCCCGACUUGCCUGAGCUCCUUGGUCAGACGGACGGCCACUGGCAUGACGUGACGGCAUUGCGGCUGUGGGUCCGCAAGACUGAGGUAGAGGGCGAGCCAGGUAAGACCCGCGUCGAGCCUUGGGUCGUGAGCGCGAGUUUAGACGGAACGUUGAAGAGAUGGAAACUGAGUGAGCUUCUUCAUCCUCCCCCACCAAAGCAGGAGGAAAUCGAGGCUCAGCCUGUCAGUCAGAUGGACGACAUCGACGAAGACGAAGAACGGGAGCUCGCCGAGCUCAUGGGAGAGGAUUGA